AACACGCAGACCUGUUGCAUGAAGCCUAGUGUCAGCCUCAAGCUGAGCCGGCGCUCGGAGCGAGCAGAGCUGGACUACGUGCAGUAUGAGAUCUAUGAGGCGGCGGCUGGGGACGCGGUGGCAGUAGCACCUUCACCCGCUGCCCUGGACCCCGCUGAGUUGGAUUUCGGAAUGGGAGAAGGCUACAGCCUGCAGCACAUAAGCGACCGGGAGAUGCCAGACGAAUUAGCUGUGGAAUCAAACCCUUCUGACCAUCCGAGGGCAAGCACGAUUUUCCUGAACAAAUCUCAAACGGAUUUGCGAGAAAAGAGGAAGAACAACUAUGUAAACCAUGUAUCUCCAGGGCUCCUUACUAAAAAUAGCUCAUGCUCAACAUUAUUUCUAGAUGACAGCACAGUCAGCCAGCCUAAUCUUAGAACCACAAUACAAUGUGUGACCUUAGGGAUAUAUUACCACAUAAAGAACAGAGAUGCAAAUAGAUCCUUGGAUAUUUUUGAUGAGAGAUCACAUCCACUCACACGAGAAAGAAUUCCAAAGGAAUACUUUAAGCAUGACCCAGAGCACAAAUUUAUUUACAGAUUUGUUAGUAGUUUUUUCAGUGCCGCACAGCUGAGAGCUGAGUGUGCCAUAGUAAUUUUGGUUUACUUAGAAAGGCUUUUAACUUAUGCUGAAAUCAAAAUUUGUCCCACUAACUGGAAAAGAAUUACUCUGGGAGCCGUUCUUCUUGCCUCCAAGGUCUGGGACUAUCAGGCUAUGUGGAAUGUGCACUACUGCCAGAUUCUCAAGGACAUUGCAGUUGAGGAGAUGGAAGGGCAUUUUCUGGAGCUACUUCAAUUUAAUAUUAAUGUUCCUGCCAGUGUUUAUGCCAAAUACUACUUUGACCUUCGCUCCUUAGCAGAUGACAACAACCUGCCUUUUUGUUUUGCACCUCUUAGCAAAGAAAGAGUACAGAACCUAGAGGCCAUUUCCAGAUUGUGUGAAGACAAAGACCUGUGCAGAGCUGCUAUGAGAAGGUAUCUCAGUGCCGAUAAUUUUAUUGGUAUUCAGCAUUCUAAAGCCAUACUGUCUUAAGGGAGAAGUGAGGGGUUGUAACAUCAUGAGCCCCUGAUCUACGAGGACUGGGACAAUACCACCUCAC